AACCUUGGGGCUGCUGGUGAAGCGACUGGAGAAGGGUGGAAAAGCUGAACAAGAAAACCUUUUUCGUGAGAAUGAUUGUAUUGUCAGGAUUAAUGAUGGAGACCUUCGGAAUAGGAGAUUUGAACAAGCACAGCAUAUGUUUCGCCAAGCCAUGCGUACACCCUUCAUUUGGUUCCACGUGGUCCCCGCGGCGAAUAAAGAACAGUACGAACAGUUGUCCCAAAGUGAGAAGAACAUGUCCUACUCCAGUCGCUUCAGCCCCGAUUCCCAGUAUGCUGAUGGCAAAAGUAUUAACAAUUCUGGACUUCACACGUUACAAAGAAUGUCUCGAGCGGGUAACCAGUCCGAUCAGACAGACUCCUACUCGCACCUACCUCAUAGUGUGAAUUCAUCAGGGAAACCACCCUCUGGCCUGGCACCAUCACCUCAGAAAGUUCUGACAUCCACUGCCAACAGUGGGUAUAACACCAAAAAGAUAGGCAAGAGGCUCAGUAUACAGCUAAAAAAAGGUACGGAAGGCUUGGGAUUUAGUAUUACUUCAAGAGAUGUCCCAAUUGGUGGCUCUGCUCCAAUUUAUGUGAAAAACAUCCUUCCAAGAGGUGCAGCUAUUCAAGAUGGGAGACUAAAAGCUGGAGACCGAUUAAUUGAGGUAAAUGGAGUUGAUUUAACAGGCAAAACUCAAGAAGAAGUUGUGUCCUUGCUGCGAAGCACCAAGAUGGGAGGGAGCGUUGCCCUUUUGAUUUUUCGACAGGAAGAAUCAUUCCAUCCAAGGGAACUGAGUGCAGAACAAAGCCAGUCACAAAUUCCAAAGGAAACGAAAGCAGAAGAAGAGGAGCUUGUCCUCACACCUGAUGGCACCAGGGAAUUCCUGACAUUUGAAGUUCCACUGAAUGACUCUGGAUCAGCUGGACUUGGUGUGAGCGUCAAAGGUAACCGGUCAAAAGAAAACCAUGCCGAUUUAGGAAUCUUCGUCAAGUCCAUUAUUAAUGGUGGAGCAGCAUCCAAGGAUGGCAGGCUUCGAGUGAAUGAUCAACUAAUAGCAGUUAAUGGAGAAUCUUUAUUGGGCAAAACAAACCAAGAUGCUAUGGAAACUUUAAGGAGGUCCAUGUCCACUGAAGGAAACAAACGGGGAAUGAUUCAGCUUAUCGUGGCGAGGCGAAUAAGUAAAUGCAACGAGCUGGAAUCACCUGGGAGCCCCUGCGGGCCAGAGCUGCCCAUAGAGACUCUGCUGGAGGAUCGGGAGCGAAGGAUUUCCCAUUCGCUCUACGGUGGAAUCGAGGGGCUCAGCGAGUCACCCACAAAGAACGUGGCACUGAGUAGGAUAAUGGGUAAAUAUCAGCUGUCUCCAACGGUGAACAUGCCCCAGGAUGACACUGUCAUUAUUGAAGAUGACAGGCUGUCGGUCCUUCCUCCUCAUCUCUCUGACCAGUCAUCAUCCAGUUCCCACGAUGAUGUUGGGUUUGGCACAGUUGAUGCUGGUGGAUGGGCUAAAGCUGCAAUUAAUGAGUCAACAGACUGCACUCUUAGUCCAGAUGUUGAUCCAGUACUUGCCUUCCAGCGAGAGGGUUUUGGACGCCAGAGCAUGUCAGAAAAGCGUACAAAGCAAUUUUCAGAUGCCAGUCAGUUGGAGUUUGUUAAAACACGAAAAUCCAAAAGCAUGGAUCUAGUAGCUGACGAGACUAAGCUCAGUACAAUGGAUGACCAGAAAACAGGUUCCCCAACCAGAGAUGUGGGGCCUUCCUUAGGUCUGAAGAAAUCCAGCUCAUUAGAAAGUCUCCAGACAGCCGUUGCUGAGGUGACUCUGAAUGGUGACAUUCCCUUCCACCGCCCGCGCCCCCGAAUCAUCCGAGGACGAGGCUGCAACGAAAGCUUCAGAGCUGCCAUAGACAAAUCAUAUGAUAAACCUGUAGCAGAUGAUGAUGAUGAAGGCAUGGAAACCUUGGAGGAAGAUACAGAGGAGAGCUCAAGAUCUGGUAGAGAAUCUGUGUCCACAGCAAGUGACCAGCCAUCCCACUCGUUGGAGCGACAGAUGAAUGGAAGCCAAGAUAAGGGUGACAGAAAAAAGUCUGGAAAGGAAAAGAAGAAAGACCGAGAUAAAGAGAAGGAUAAAAUGAAGGCAAAGAAAGGAAUGCUGAAGGGCUUAGGAGACAUGUUCAGGUAG